AUGUAUGGAAUAUUUCAGAAUGCAGUGACCUAUGGUGAUGUACAUAUCGACUUCACUUGGGAAGAAUGGAAUUUGCUGGAUCCUACCCAGAGGAGUCUCUACAAAGAUGUGAUGUUGGAAACCUACAGAAACCUCACUAGUAUAGGAUACAAUUGGGAAGACCAUAAUAUUGAAGAACAUUGUCAAAGUUCUAGAAGACAUGAAAGGCAUGAAAAAAGUCAAACUAGAGAGAAAGCUUCUGUAUAUACUCAAUGUGUUAAAGCCUUCACAUGUGACAGUCAUCUACACAGGCUUGAAAGAACACAUACUAGAUUGAAACCCUAUGAACAUAACGAAUGUGGUAAAGCCUUUUUACAUCACACUCCUCUUCAGAUACAUAAAAGAACACAUACUGGAGAGAAGGCCUGUGAAUGUAAUCAGUGUUGUAAAGUCUUUGCACAUCACAGUCAUCGACAAGUACAUAAAAGAACACAUACUGGAGAGAAACGCUAUAAAUGUAAUCAGUGUGGAAAAGCCUUUAAACGUCAUAGUAGUCUCCAAAAACAUAAGAGAAGCCAUACUGGAGAGAAGCCCUAUGAAUGUAAUCAGUGUGGAAAAGCCUUUGCAUGUCACAGUUAUCUCCGAAAACAUGAAAGAACCCAUACUGGAGAGAAGCCCUAUGAAUGUAAUCAGUGUGGAAAAGCCUUUGCACGUCACAGUUAUCUCCGAAAACAUGAAAGAACACAUACUGGAGAGAAGCCCUAUGAAUGUAAUCAGUGUGAAAAAGCCUUUGCAUUUCACAGUAGUCUCCGAAUACAUAAAAGAAGCCAUACUGGAGAGAAGCCCUAUGAAUGUAAUCAGUGUGGAAAAGCCUUUGCAUGUCACAGUUAUCUCCGAAAUCAUGAAAGAUCCCAUACUGGAGAGAAGCCCUAUGAAUGUAAUCAGUGUGGAAAAGCCUUUGCACGUCACAGUUAUCUCCGAAAACAUGAAAGAACACAUACUGGAGAGAAGCCCUAUGAAUGUAAUCAGUGUGGAAAAGCCUUUGCACGACACAGCCAUCUUCAACGUCAUGAAAGAACCCAUACUGGAGAGAAGCCCUAUGAAUGUAAUCAGUGUGGAAAAGCCUUUGCAUGGCUUAGUCAUCUACAAGAACAUAAAAGAACACAUACUGGAGAGAAGCCCUAUGAAUGUAAUCAGUGUGGAAAAGGCUUUGCAUGUCACAGUUAUCUCCGAAAACAUGAAAGAAGCCAUACUGGAGAGAAGCCCUAUGAAUGUAAUCAGUGUGGUAAAGCUUUUGUGUGUCAGAGUCAUCUCCGAAUACAUGAAAGAAGCCAUACUGGAGAGAAGCCCUAUGAAUGUAAUCAGUGUGGUAAAGCUUUUGUGUGUCAGAGUCAUCUCCGAAUACAUGAAAGAAGCCAUACUGGAGAGAAGCUCUAUGAAUGUAAUCAGUGUGGAAAAGCCUUUGCAUGGCACAGUCAUCUCCAAAUACAUGAAAGAAGACAUACUGGAGAGAAGCCCUAUGAAUGUAAUCAGUGUGGAAAAGCCUUUGCAUUUCACAGUCGUCUCCGAAUACAUGAAAGAAGACAUACUGGAGAGAUAUCUAAUGAAUGUAAUUAG